CAGUUGGUCGAUCCCAUUCAUUUAAGGAUUGCGAAGCGAUUAGACACGGAAUAAACCUACACUUUAUUUAACACAGCGCAACAGCGCAAAGCUCCGACACGGAGUAACGCGCGCGCACGCGCGCGCGAUCGAGGUAAACAAUUGACACUUACACCGUGUCACCCUGCAUAAAGAGUUCAGGCCGCUCCGUCAGGAGGUUAUCCCGCAGCCAGUGCAGCAGUUGUUUCAACGUCCCUGUGGAAUCGUUUGAUUAUUAUUAGUGAGGGAGUACUCGGAUCGAUACAAAAGUAUUCUCAACGUACUUACAUUCCACGCCGGCUUUCCACGAUGUCGGAAAACAACGAGCAUUCGACCGACGACACCGAAACGGAGACAAAGGCUAUGGAAGAUCCACCUAACGAUUCAUCCAAGAGCGAAGCAAAAUUAAUGAAUCAGAUGAGCGCGGCUCUGCUCGAGGACGAAGAAAUGCCAACGUUUAUCAGCGUAUCGAGUACAACAAAACUCGAUGACUCGGACAUUGUUAAACAACCUGAGAACGAGGCGCAAGAGAUGGAGGAGGAUCGCAGUCCGAGUCCCUAUCCCAGCGAUGAUCAAGCAGCGAGUAGCGUAUACGUUUUGUCGUCUGAAGAGGAAACCGAUCAACAUCCUUAUAAUGAUGAGGAUGACGAAGAUGAAUUUGCAGACAGCGAUGAUAUGGAAAAUUUAGAAUAUAAUUCAGAACGUUCAAGUAACAUGAAGCAUUUGAUGGAUGAUGAGGAGGAUGAUGAUGAAGAUGAUGAAGAUGACGAAGACGAUGAAGACAGUCCUAGACAAAUGCAUAACUAUGAUGAUGGUAUCGAUGAUAAUUACGAGAUAGAUUGUUACGAUAUGGAUGGAAGGUCUGACGAUUUUAUCUUUAAUAGAAGAUUGAAAAAUCGAGACAAAGAAAAAAGCCUUUCUCUUCAAGACUUGAAUAUGUAUAAGAAUAAUAUGAAAGCUGACUAUUUUAAAAGAAGACAAGUUUUAAGGCCAAAUUAUCCAAACAUUCCAGAACAUGCUGUUAUGUAUUCCAUGAACCAGAGAAAGCAGCCAAUGCCAGGAAAAUAUCAUUAUGUACAAAGCAAAGUCAAACAUUAUAUAAAAGAUAUAAAAGAUCAAAAUAGGCGUUCCAUGGAAAAACGUGUAAAACAGUUUCAAGAAGAUCCACUCUACGAUAAAAGAAACACCGAUCAUAAAAAUAAUGAUACAGAAAAGACAAAAUCUACAGUGACUAAUAAGACAAUAAAAGAUUAUGCGGAAAGAACGAUUAAAGAGUUGGAAAUCGCAGAGACAUGCGACAGUAGCAUGAACAGUAAAAUGGCCUACAACGCUACUAUACCAAUAAUAUUAAAUGGACAAGAUAAUAAAAACUGUUUGGAAUCAAUACAAGAAGGAUCCAUUCAGAAUGAAAUUGAAAUACAUUCUGUACCAUUUGAAUCGACACAGAAUGAAAGAGAUUGUGUAAGCACUGAUAAUAAAAUGAAACAAAAACAGAAUGGGACGAUUGAAGUUAAACAAUUAAACUUCAAUUAUCCUGAUAAAGAGAUCCCGCAUUUCGGAGAUGCUGUGCAACCAUCUCUUACCCAAAAUGGUCAUCAAGAAGUACCAACAGUACUUUACAACUUGCGAACUUUAAGUUAUGAAGAGUAUAUGCAUGGUACUUCUGAUUCUAGUCAAAAAAUUGAUUCAAACAAAAAUGCACAUGUCGUUGAACAAGAACAUGUUCAACCUGAAGAAUAUAAUAAUGCAGAAUUAAUGGACAUAUCUACAGAUAAUGACGAAGAUACUUGUCCAUUAAGGAUUGAAAAUAUAAAAAGCAUCGAGACAAUGUCAGAUGAAACGAAAAAUAAUAAUGAGAAAAUGACUUUUAAUAAAACAAAUGAAGAGUUCAAUAAAACGACUUCGGAUACUUCAGAAGUUGCCACUUUGAGAAAGAAAUUAACACAGGAAACUAUAAAAUACAAUAGUUUGCUUGAUACAUAUCAAAAACAAUUUAUGGAGAAUUUGAAAAUGAAACAAGAUUUAGAGGAAUUGAGAAAAACUUUAGCAAAAUACGAAAAAGAAAAACCUGUGGAACUGAGGGUUGCAUCAGUUCAGACAGAUAUAGAUUCUGUACCUAAUCAACAUCAAGAUCAAACGGAAUCUGCAAAUGUCGGGCAGUCUAACAAUAAAACAUCGGGUAAUAGCAUCGCUUCGACGCUAAGCUCUAUAGAUCAGUGGAGUUCCAGUGCUUGUAAUUUUUCAGUAUCCAUGAAACCACCUGAAGUAAGCAAAACAUCACAUUCUGACGAUAGUAUAGUAUUGACUGAUAGUACACCAGGGAAAACGGCACGUUCAAUAUCACGCGAAUUUAUUACUUCCUCCCGAAUUUUUCAAACGCUUUCGAGUCUUACACAAGGAAAAACAAAGUCAGAAAGUCCUUUGAUACAAAAUUCGAAAAAAAGAUUAAAUGAAAAUAAAGUGACGGAUUUACAAAAUGACGAUAACAGCUAUCAAUGCCAACCAUCUAGCUCCAAGAAAAGAAAAAUUACAGACGUUCUUGGACAAUCUAAUUUUGUACAAUCCUUUAACACUAGUGCAGAAUCACAUUCAAAGUUGAAUGAAACGUCUAAUGCAGAAUCCCAAUUUAAAAAUUUAUGUGAUUUGAUAAUUAAGAAUGGGGAUUUGCAAGCAAGUACAUCUAAUGCUAAUACAAGUCAAUUAGGAACUGCUUCAUCUAGAAUGGAAAACAAAGCGGAAAUUGCUGAUGAUCCGGAAGAUAAUGUAAAAUGCUUUGUUUAUCGCGAAGACGAAAACAGUAAAGAUCGUAGUUUUCUAAUCCUGGCAGAAGUGCCUGAAAGCGACAAGACUAAUAAUGAUAAAGGACGUCUGCGAGAAUGCGGUCCAUACUUAAUUGGUAACGUAGAAGUAAGAAUGUCUGAAAUAAACGGGACACUCAACAUUUGGGGCAAAGAGCUUAGUGACGACUCCACUGCUGAGAUUGAAAAUGAGACAGAGACAUCUGCUAGAAUGAAAGAUAAAAGUUAUCAUCAAUGGCAAAAAACACCGCAUACCAAAUUUAAUGGCAGUAAUGUAGUAUGUUCAACAAGUAAAAAAUCAAAAAAUCCUCCUAAAUUUGAACUGUCUUCAGCUGCAUCUAAUUUUUCAUGUCUGCAUUCACCUUCGUUUAAUGCAGCAAAAGCAUCUUGUUCUACAGAUAAUGCGCAUGCAGAUAAACUGUAUAGUCCAAAUGCGUGUGUUUCCUCUUGUGAAGACUGUGAUUUCUCAAAACAUAAAGAAUGGUCAAGAUACAAACGAAUGCUUCCUCAAGAAAAAUUACAUUCCUGCUGCAUUCAUAGCAUAGAUGCGUCAGAGCAAAAGUGCAAUUGUUCUUUACGCAAAGAAAAACAAAAGUUCGAAGAUAGUUUUAAUUAUAGCAAAGAAAAGUUUAGCCCUCAAGAACAUCGACGAAGUUUUUCGAGAAAUCUAGAGCCUAACAAGCAUUUACAUGAAAAUAUUGCCUCAGAAGACAGUGAACACAUUUGUAAAAAUUGCACAGCGUGUCAUUCACCACACAAUCAAGAUCAUUAUCAAGAAAAUCACAAAUGCUGUAACAUGUUAAAAGAAACUUGUGAAUCAUUAGCGAUGAAUAUAGAUCGAGAACAUAAUCAGUCAUGUAAUCAUUCUUCCCAUAAUAUACAUGAAGAAGAGCCAUUAAUAACGCUGAAACAGUAUAAUGAAACACCAGAGACGAGACGACGAAGAUUAACUGGCAAAAAGGUACGAGGAAUUUUAAUGGAUCUUAUACGAGGAUGCGGAGAUUGCUAUAAUCCCAAUGUAUCUACUAAUAGCAAGAGCUGUAUGCACAAGAAAGAAUCCUAUUUAAGAAGUUCUCCACAAAUCAAAAUUUCGCCAUGUGCAUCUCCAGAACCAUCGUGUUCAAAUCCAGGACAACCUGGAAGAUGCUGUCAUGCUUAUGCACAGCGAAUUGAAUCUCAACUGGAAGAAUUUCGAAUGGAAAUGGAAAGGAUGCGAUCGCGUUCCGAUGCUAUUCUUAAUAUGCUCAAUAUGCUUCAUUCGGUGGAUACAAAUUAAAGGAAUCAACUUUAAUACCAAUUAUUUGUUUUCCAUAUGUACAUAUAUCAUAUUUUUAUUGUUUUAAUUUUUUUCUUAGCUACUAUGGAACCAUCGUAUUCCUCGUCCUACUUCAUUGCUUAUAAAAGAAGUAUAAUCCAUUUGUUAAAUAAAAUAUAUAAAUAUAUAUAACGAAAAAGAGUUUACCGAUA